AUGAGUACGUUGCGAGAAAAUAAAGAUGAUCGGCCAGUGGUUUAUCUUGACGAAACGUGGGUAAACCAAAACCACUCACGCAGCCUUAUUUGGCAAGAUGAAAAUAAUUCAAGUGGUCUGAAGGUGCCGACGGGUAAAGGAGGCCGACUUAUUGUAUGCCACGCAGGUUGUGCUCGCUACGGGUUCAUAGAAGGGUCAAAAUUGGUAUUUCGAAGCAAUACCGGAAAUACGACGGAUUAUCAUAAUCAGAUGAAUGGUGAAGUAUUUAAAGAGUGGUUUAUUCAACUAUUAAAAAAUCUAGAAGAGCCAUCAAUAAUAGUUAUGGAUAACGCACCUUACCAUUCAAUCCUCAAAGAUAAAUAUCCCAAAAGUAAUUGGAAAAAAGUCGAAGUACAACAAUGGUUAAAUGAAAAUAAUGUCGAGUUCCAUCCAUUGGAAACUUUAGCUGAACUUCGGCAAAAAGUUAAAAACCUAUUGCCACGUGAAAAAAUUUACGAGUUGGAUUACAUUGCAAUGGAAAUGGAUCAUGAGGUAAUCCGUCUGCCACCAUACCAUUGUAAGUAUAACCCAAUUGAGCUAAUUUGGGCUCAAGUUAAGGGCCAAGUAGCAAAAUUAAAUAAUACGUUCAAAAUGGCUGAUAUUGAGCGAUUAACGCACGAAGCAUUAGAUGCAGUCACAAUUGACGACUGGAAGAAAUGCGUUCAUCAUGCAGAACAAAUUCAGGACGAGGAUAACAAAAAAGAAAUAAUGAGGGACACCAUGAUUGAACCAAUAAUCAUGACAAUAUUACCAGAUGACAGCGACUGGAGUGAUGAUGAAAAUGUUGAUGAAGAAACAAACUGA